ACUGAAAAUCCCAGAAUAUUAAUACUAUCAUUAUCACCUCAAUCGCUGUCAAGUAUCGCCUCAAAUUUGGACGAUAUUCCAUUCUUGUCCAAAUUCAUUGACUCUGGCUCGACUGAUCGCGAAAUUUUUACAAAAACACGCAUUCUUAUCACUUAUUUGUCCCAAAAAGCUGGCUUUCAUUUCGUAUUGGAUACCACAUGGUGUAGAGAUGUGGUUUUGAAAGAGGAAAUCAAUGCAUUUUGCGAUCGUUUUAAUGCCAAUUCUAACACCGAAUUACCUCUUCCUUUGUUUUCUUCAAGCUGUCCCGGAUGGAUAUGCUAUGCUGAGAAGACAAAUGGAAAUUUCAGUGAUGUGGCUGGCCAUGAACCAAACGCUUUUAGUCUUGUAAAGCACCUAUCUCCGGUGCGCUCUCCUCAACAGACAGUCGGCUUUAUUUUGAAGCAAGUAAUAGCCGAUGUAUCUGCUGGCGACAUAUACCACGUAGCCAUAAUGCCAUGCUUUGACAAAAAACUGGAAGCAUCACGUUCUGAAUUCUCCUGCACUCUUCCUGACGGUUCAACAUCCGAGCCUGAUGUCGAUCUAGUCUUAUCAACAAAAGAAUUUGUCGAUUUCUUAAAUGUCAUAAAUGAUGAUGGAAAGCUCUUAACUACACAGCCUCCCAAGCUUAUUGCGACUCUUGAGGAAGUAUCUGCUCGUCUAAAGGAUCAACGACUUGGAAUCUUUCGG